UGAAUGACGAGUCGCGCGAAAAAGAGAACGCGAGAGAAGGAUAAUAUGUUUUCGUCGCUGAGAUAGUGAAUGUUUGAUCGAUAUACAUCAAAACCAUUCCUACGCAAAGCUAUGUGAGAAGCAAGCAGACAUCAUGUCUGGGCAGGAAGACAGCCCUAUCACGCUCUUGGACUCAGAUGAUGACACUGAUGAUGUCAUCACAGACUCAAUCACCAUCACCCGCAGUGUGAAUUCGCCUCCUUCCAGGUAUCGCCAUUCCCAAAUUGCUGCGAUCUUGACAUCUCCAGUUUCCCCCGCUGCCUACAACGCCAGUGAUUCCGUAUUGAACCAAAACAAGUCGUCAACCAUCAAACAAGCCCUGGUUAAUGGUUCUGUCUUUUAUCCACAAUUUACAAUACGUUAUCGUCCACAAGAUGUCUCCCAGACACAGCAAUGUCCAAGUGAUGGUUUGUCUCCUAGGUUUCAUAAUCCACAUUCUUCAACUCAAAGAGAACUUCCAGCAGAUAAUGAGCAAAGAAUUUACCAGACGACACAAAUACGUCCAUCAGAUCACGGUAUCCAGAAACAAAAUGACUAUGCCGUGGGUUGUCCAAGCUCAACAAGUCAGUGUUCCCAGAUGAUGAGGCAGACAACGAUAGCAUCUGAGGUUGCGGCAUACAGAGUUACUCAGAAAGGAACCUUUUCAAAUAUUGGUGAUCAGAAGAAGACUGUCAGUACAAAGCUUUCUGAGGUUGUGGAAUUUAUUGUGGACCGAUCUUACACAAAACCUGGUACGGCCAGUGAAGCUGCAGCUGAAGACCCAAACAGGUUCCGGGUACUACAGUCAGUAUCUAGAGCCAGUACCCCAGACUCAGUCAUCAUAGAAUCAGUUGAAGUACCUUGUGUGGAUUCCAGCAAAAUUCCAGUAACAGCUAUCCAAGCAUCAGAAACACUUCAAGCUCAAAUCGAACGACGUCAGGGGCCUGUCACUCCGAGCAUUAAGAUUUUGGAUUCAUUUUCUCUCAGAGAUUGUCCCAUAAAUUCAAAACAUGAUGUGGAAAUGGCAUCGAAAGAAACAGUAGCACCCAUUGAAACAAGUAAAACUGAUACAUCUACCAAACCUCAGCCAAGUAAGGACAUUAUAUCUCCCUCUGUCGAAACGAGUCAGAGUGUAAAACCUUCUAAUCAUAUUCUAUUGAGCGAUCUGUGCCAGAAAGCUUUCUAUCAGUGCUGUGUAGGUGAGUGUGAGCAUAGCAGUGUGUGCCCAUCAGAGUUUCAGGAUCAUCUCAACAGCAGGCAUCCCAAUGCAGAAGAAUUCCUGUGUGUUCACUGUGGAGACCCUGCACCUUCCGCAGAGCUGCUCAUUCAACAUCUGCAUCACCAUGCAGACAACAACUCCAACUUCCACUGCAACUACCCCGACUGUAAUUUCAUUACAAGUCAUCCAGACAGCUUUACCAGGCAUUUCUAUCAUUGUCAUGACAAAGGGGACCGUCAUUUGUGUCUUCUGUGUGGGCAACUGUUUCAGACUGCUUUGGAAAUGCUAAUCCACAUGAAAGCAAAUUUUCUCAAUAUCGUGAAAUGCCCUCACUGCUCUGCCAAGGACGUGACGAAGAAGAACAUUAUGAGACACAUGGGUGAGAACCACCCUGAUAGGGGGAAGCUGGUGACAGUUUCUAGGCAAAUUGUGUGUCGGGAACGAUUAAAAAACUGUUGGCCAAUGUUGCAGAACAGUGGAAGGGAUCAGAAUACAAGUGGACCAGUUCGUUCUCUUUCAGUGACACAGGAUGUCAUGAAGUAUCAAGUGGUAACCAGUGAUAGUGUCAAGUUGCCUCCGAUGGUGGACUUGACAGGUGAAAGGAGUGAAGACAUGUCAGUGAUAGAGGCCCCAUCUGUGUGCAUGGAUAAGUUUGUUCCGAUCAUGUCAGUCCGGGGUUCGGAAGAUGGAAUUUCAGUUACGAGGGUCAAGUGCGAGAAUGAUUUAGAAGAAAAUGUUCAACAUUGUGAUGAAAUGCCUGUAUUGGAGCAGAUGAAAUGUGCCACAAAUAGGUCUGAUUUUGACACUGUACCAAGAGGUGCUCCUUCAUCAUUUGUUAAGACAGAAACAGAGGACAAGGACUGUGAUGUAGAUGUCAAGAAAGAUGGCAUAGAUUCAGAUCAUCCUGUAACAAGAAGCAGUUGUCGACUGGAGAAGGAUUCUAUAAGUUCAGAAAGCAACACUGGAAGUGGAAGUGGAAAGGGUGAAACGGUCAAAAGUGAAAGAUUUGUGUCUCCAUCUUCAGAUGCAAGGAAAAAUAAAUCCCUGAAGAGAGUCAAUGUGUGCAGCAAGUGUGAUUUCUAUACCACCUCGGUGGGACAGAUUUACAAGCAUGUUCGUGAAGUCCACAAGAUGGAAGACAUGUUCCAGUGCUCUGAGUGCCAUGGGUAUCUGUGUCAGGAUGACGUCAUCACGCACCAUGUGAAGUACCAUCCUGAUGCUGACGAAAAUUACAUACCUAACGCCUUGAGACAUGCAUUUGACAUCAGGUACAUGAAGAAGACGAAAUGCAGACAGUCGUCAGCUCAGUUGGAGAUUGGAGAGGAUACUUCAACGUCCAUAGAUCCUGUGGAAGAUGUCACCAGUAGUCUCAUGGCAAAGUUGAGUGAAGCCAAGGAAGGCGACAGACUGAAACUGACAUCAUUUGAGUCUAGUAUUUUGAAUAAGAUUAUUAAUGAGAAACAAAUUACCACAUCCAUAGAGAGUGGGCACCGGAAGCCGGAUGCUGCACAAGUUAGCAUUGUGAAGGAGGCUACAAUUCCCAUGGUAAAGCCUAACCAAUCAAAUAAGAAGCGCCGUGUUUCAAUGCGCAAUAAAGGUUCAAGGAAACGGCAACGCUUGGAGACACAAGAAACUACCCAAGAGGGGACAGAAGAUAACAAUUGUCAAAAGGAACUGGAGACCUGUUCUGGAGAAGCAGAUACACUGCAAGAGAUUUCAGAGGAUGAUUAUCAUUCUGAUGAUGACACACCUUAUAAUGAUUAUCCCAGUGUUAAAUCAGAACAUCUGUCUCCUAACAGAAGCUCAUCUGCAAGUCAAGUAAUGUCUCCCAAGAUCUCUAAAUCUCCUGUGCCAACACCACUUAAAAAAACUGAAUCUCCUCUGGAACCAUCGCCCAAAAGGAACCAAUAUCCUUUAAGAGGGCAGUCUUUGAAAUACCAAUCUCCAGUGAAAGGUCCAUCCCCCAUUAAGAACAAAUCUCCCCCCAAAGGAUGCUCUCCCAAUAAGUUUUUGUCCUCUGUUAAUAAUCCUUCAGAAAAAGCAUCAUUUUCCGUUGAAGAAAUACUGGUGGACAAGAAUCCGUAUCCAAGCAGCUACCAGACCCCCAAAAAAGAAUCUGUUGAUGAGACAUCCGUUGUUGGGAGUCCAUUGCCAAUAAAACAUUGGUCUCCCGUCAAAGUAGACUCACAGGUAAAUGAGGGCACAGGACCAAAUCUGACCUUCUCUCAAGUGGACUUCGACGAUCCUUCAUAUGAGUUCAGAUGUAAAUACUGCACCUACAGAAAAGGGUCUUUAGACAAGUUUCUCCAUCACACAUACUAUCACUUUCACUACAAGCCAUACACAUGUGGCUUCUGCGACUUCAAAGCGUUUUCACACAACCGUGUCGUGACACACAUCAAGUGUGACCAUCCAACGAAAGCCAACAAACCUGUUGUGAAGAGGGUUGAAAAUGAAAAAGCUGAGGCAAGGUGUCAAAAGACUGCAAUGAUUUGUUUCAUUCCAAAACAUAUUGAGGAUGUCAGCCUGAGGCGACGUGUUAUGAUGAAGAAAGAGAGACAGUUAAAGAAGAUGAAGUCAGAAAAGAAGGAAGUUAAAGUCAAGACUUCAAAUUCAGUACAACAUAAAAAACAAUCAAAUAAACUUGCAAAGACUAAGUUAAAAAUGAUGGAAAAUAGUUCUGUGAAGUUAUCAAACAAACCAGAAAAAGAAGGAUCGUAUCUCUGUCCGUACUGUCGGACAAACAGACCCUUGAUGACAUGGACAAAGGUUGCGAUAGAGAUCUGCUACCAUAUUCAUUACAAACCCCUGAAGUGCAACUACUGUGAUGAGCUACAGUCAGCCUCUAUGUACUGUGUGCAGAAACACAUAGAGAAAGUUCAUCCAGGGAAGGAGGUCAUUGCCAGGGAAAGACAGAGAUCCACAUAAGGAAAAAAGAAUGAAGGUGCUUUUACAGAGGGCCUUGGAAAUCUCCCAGAAAUACAGACAGGAACUGAAGAGGCAAGAACUGAGUUUGAAAUCCAAGAAAGUGAAGAAGAAGCCUGCUAAAGUAGCAAGGCAUCCAACUGAAGGUGGUUGUGGAGGUCAAGCUGUGUCAGCUUCUGACGUGACAGUUAGGAACACCUCUUGCACCAAACAGACAAGCUUGAAUUAUGCCGUUAAUAGCACAUCUAAAACUGAUUCACCAAGGACUUUAAAUACUGGAGAAACCUGUGUAAAUUCUAAGGACACAGCUGCCCAUUGUUCUGAAGACCUUGGUGACAAGAAAUCUGAUUCUCACGAGGCCCUGUCUGUUUCUCCCGAGGACAUGACCGUCAAGAGGUCCCAUGAGUUGUUCAAAGAGACGCGAGACGAUUAUGGCGGAGUAUUGUAUGAGUGCUUAAAAUGUGAAUACACCAUACGAAACCUGAAGUCGAUGUACUCACAUUCCUACAAGCAUCAGCCCAAGAUCUUCAAGUGUCAUUACUGUGACUUUGUAGCCUAUCCAAGGUCUACAAUAAUUUGGCACCAGAAACAACACCACUUCCGUUUGAAGCCCAAGGUGAUCAAUCUUGCUGAGGAACAAAUGUCAAGAGAUCAAAAGAAUAGCGAUACUGUGUGCUAGAGAUAAACGUCUCGUGUGUGUCAGUCUCCAGUCGGAAUAUGUUCAAAUAUCUGUUGUCAUCAUAAUCAAAAUGAACUCAUUUCUCCUGUUUCAAUAGAAGGGGCAUUAUACUCCACGAUCUGGUUCGGGGGUGGUUGGGUAGCCUAUCAGUUAAAGUUUUUGGUCGUCAUGCCAAAGACCAGGGUUCGAUUCCCCACAUGGGUACAGUGUGUGAAGCCUAUUACAGGCGUCCCCGCCGUGAUGUUGCUGGAAUAUUGCUAAAAGCAGCAUUAAACUAAACUCACUCACAAUCUGGUUCCUACUUAUAGCUGAGAUAUACAUGGUCUAUGGCCAAGAAAAGAAAUGGGUUUCACGUAAUUUGGUAUCAGCUUAUGAGUACGUAGGCUAUAUAUUUGUUUGUAUUGUAAUAAUGAGGGCCUGUUAAAGCGUGAUGUCAGUUGUAAUGUUUCUCAAAUGAGUUGAAGUUCAAAUGCUACAGCAAUGAUAAUAUGCAGAAAUGUUUUCUCAGGAUGGAUGAGUUUCUUGAUGGAUAUUUCCAAGCUGUGAUAAAAACAUGUUGGCAAGUGUACAAAGUAAUUUUUUACCUUCCAUUAAUCUGUGACUUUUGUCCGACUGAGAUGUUCUGUCUUUGUCAAGAGUGUAAUCAUACACUCCAGUGUUUAUGUAUCAGUAUAGUUUACAGGUAAACUGAUUUUUAAUGACUUUAUUGUCAUUUGACCGAGAACUCCCUUUAAAUAGUAUUUCAUUACAGAACAAGGGUGGUGGGGUAGCCUAGUGGUUAAAGGGUUUGUUGUCACGCCGAAUACACGGGUUUGAUUCCCCACAUGAGUGCAAUGUGUGAAGCCUAUUUCUGGCGUCCCCCGCAGUGAUAUUGCUGGAAUAUUGCUAAAAGCGGUGUAUAACCAAACUCACUCAUCACAGAACAUCAUACAUCAUACGAGUCUGUGGGAGUAGUUUCAAUUGUGCUCUUAACUAUGUGAUUAACACUAUCCAGAGAAGAGUCUGAUUAUGGUAUUAUCUUUGUUAUUUUAUUAUUGAAAUUUUUAUUUGUUCCUGUAGACUGGUGAAACAUCAAUAGACGAUUGGAAUAACUUACAAAAGUUAAUGCACCUGACCCUGAUAAAACAUCUCCUAUUGCUAGCUGGGUUGAGUAAAGGUUGUUCUAUGUACCUUAUUGAAUCAAUGCUACUCUGUUUAUUCCAUCAUUUAUGGUAUAUUUGGUUAAUUUUGUGAUUCAGUCGAAUUGUAUGCUGUGAACCAGGUUGAUAUGUACGGUAGGGGUGAAAAGGUAUACCGCGAUAUUAGUAGAACCGUGGUAUUAGUAGAAACGCUGUAUUUUGCCUUCGGUUUGGUAUACCGUAAUGCAAUCGAAAAGUUCAGUAUUUUCAGUUUUCGUCAUUUUAUUAACCUUUUUAAACGCUUUCUAAAAUGUCUAGAACUUGAAUAAUUUUGUCAAAAUCUUUGCAUUUCUUUGCUUUGUUUAGCUCUUGUCAAUUUUCUGCAUUAUGAUCAUGUCUCAUGUACCGAACCAAAACAGACGGAACUGAAGGCCUUGUAUGAAGGCAGUACAUACUUUACCGUGGUAAGAGUGUACCUUUUCCCCCUAAUGUAUUGGCUCAUCUUCAUUGUUUUUCCUUCUCUUGCCAUUGACUUUAACUUUUUGAAAUAUAUGCAUAAUGUUGGUGGGUGGCACUGGUGCACAGUUUACUUUGUAUGAUUUCUUAAAAAAUGUGAUGCAUUGUAGAAAUUGAAUCUGCUAUUCAUGAAUUGUUUUUGAACUUUUUUUGGUUAUAAUAGUGAACAGUUUAUAUUGACUGACGCAUAGUCAUAAUAGUAACUCACAAAGCUUAUUAGAUUUUAUGAAUAAAGUUUUAUUUUUACCUAAAUAUUUUCUGUCCAUUAGGUUGGCGCAUGAAUGAUACUCAGAUACUGUUGACUUAUUGUAUAUCCAAGGAAUUCUGAUUGUCUGUACAUACAGUGUUGAUAUAUACAUACAGUGUUCAUUUGUACAUACAGUGUUGUGAUCUAUAAAGAUGUUUGUAGAAUCAUA